AUGAGUAGAGGCGACGUUAUGGAAGAGGCAGCCAUCAAAGCUAGAAUAGGAUUGCAGGGACUGGGCGAUAGUGCAGAGCGAGUGUGGCUCAAGGCCGGAACAAAGCUGGGGCGAGGAGUGAGCAAGAGCCUUCGGGAUAGUCUCCAAGAACCUCAGAAGGACAAGUUGAAGUUCGAGUUCAGAGCCAUCAAAGGCUUCGACGUUCCAGCCGUUCCACCUUGCAUCCAUCAAGUCGACGGGCUGGUCUCCUUCCAAGUAGCGGAGAUCAGGACUCGCCAUGGGCGUCGAGACUUUGACAGCUCCAUCUUCCACACAGUGUUGGAGCGGAUACACAUGGAGACUCAGAGGGGUUUCUCGAGAAUCGGCUCCCUGAGUUUGGACUUUUUCUCCUGCCCUCCGGACGUCCAGCUGCCGCUAGUUGCGGAGUUGCUCCACAGCAGCCCGAGCAUAGCUGAGCUCUCCCUUGUCAAUGUUCCGCUGGGCAACUCUGGCAUGAAGCUGCUGGCGGCUGGCUGUGAAGGAGGAGGAGUCUUGCGAUCCCUCACGCUACAUUCCAUUGGGGUGGAUGAGGGAGGGGCAUCGAGCCUGGGACGGAUCAUCUACUUGAACUCAAGCUUGACGGUGUUAUCUCUCAACGACCUGGCGCUGUCGUUCAACGGAGGGAAGAUGGUAGGUGAAGCGCUCAUGAGCAACUCUACAUUGAUGUCCCUCAGUCUGAGAAACGCCCGACUGGGACCCCUUGGGAUGGGAAUUUUCAGCCCGUGUCUGGCGAACAAGGUGAGCCUUCAGAAGCUUGACUUGCAUGGCAACGACAUCCAAAACUUCGGGCUGAUGCAGGUGCUAUCAGCAAUGUCCGAACUGAGAUCCAUCCGCUGCUUGGAUUUGUCUUGUAACUGUAUUGAUGGGUACUUCAUCAUGAACUUGACAGGAUUGGUCGAUCAUCGAAAUGGACUGGAGAGCCUGAAAAUUGGUGGUAUGCACCGCAUGGAAAUCUAUUUACCGGCAUUGCUCAAUCUUCCCAUGAUAACCCAUCUUAAAGAGCUCGAUCUCAGCGAAACCGCCCGCGGUUCAGAGUUCUUGACGCUCUUCGCUGUGGGGCUCGCUUCCUUGAAGCAUCUGGUGUGGCUGGGACUCUCGAGCCUCAGCCUCAAGGCGGAGGAAAUCCUGGUCCUUUCUCGUUCCUUAUCAAGCCUGGAGUCCUUGGAGCACCUCAAUUUCUCGAGAAACUUCAUAGGACAGCAGGGCAUGAUCGCGUUGGCCAACACAAACUUCGCACGGAUGAGUAGGCUGACGGCCCUCGACCUGGCUCUCAACGACUUGGGCCCGGUAGGUUCCAUCUGUCUGUGUAGUUGCCUCGAUACCUUCAGCAAUUUGACGUCCCUGGACCUCAGUCACAAUCAGCUCGGGGCUGUGGGAGGGCAGCAGCUGAUCUCUGCAAUUCCGCGGCAUCUCAAGGGCCUUAAAAGUCUUGGUAUGGCAGGGAACAUGCUGGGAGACAGGGGAGGAGAGCAUCUUGUUGAGGAGGUUUUGGUCAACAGGCAGGUAGAGUACGUCAAUCUUUCUGGGAAUGGGCUGUCAGAAGAGUGUGUAGAGUACAUUCGUGAGAUAUGUGAUAGCCUAGAGAUUUGUAUCGAGAUCAAUCAGUAG